AUGCCUAACUCAGCUACUGCAUUAGAUAAUUUUAAUGAUCUUCGUUUAACAGAUAACCAUAUAGGAAAAUUUUUAGCUUCUUUGUACUCCAAUGCUCAAAUUCCCCGUAAUGUUAUUCAAUUAGUUAUUGAAGGCAUGGCAGAUAUAAUUGAAGAAAAGGGUUCAUAUAUACCACCUCAAGAGUAUGUUGUUGGAGAGAGACUUAAUAAUAAUAAAAAUAAAAAUACGUUUUCAAUUAUUCCAACUAAUUGUACAGCUCAAUUUAUCCCAACAAGACAUGUUUUAAAAAAAAUUGUUGAACUAAAAGAUAUUCUAUCAGACACUUUUGAUUAUAUGAAUGAAAUAAAAAGCUGUGAUACCAUUUUAAUGAAUUUUAUUCAAGGUAGCCUUUGGCAAAAUAAAACUAAAGAACAUGAUAAAAAUCAAAUGGUAUUACCAAUAUUUCUAUUUUUUGAUGAUUAUGAGGUAGGGAAUCCUUUAGGAAGUCAUUCUGGUAUACAUAAAUUAGGUGCUGUAUACUUAACUGUUCCUUGUAUACCUAUUCAUCGUCAAGCUUCACUGAAUAAUAUAUUUUUAACUCUAUUGUUUCAUUCUUCUGAUAGACAACAAUUUGGAAAUAACAUUAUAUUUAGACCGCUUAUUGAUGAAUUAAACUACUUAAAAGAAACUGGUAUUGAGGUUAAUACUGAUAAGUUUGAAGGAAAUAUUAAGUUUGAAUUAGGUCUCAUUAUAGGGGACAACCUGGGAGUUCACAGUAUAACUGGUUUUGUGGAAAGUUUUUCAUCUAAUUACCCUUGCAGAAUGUGUAAAAUUAAAAAGGAAGAUAAUAUGAGAAAGCAAUGCUAUGUUGAUAUAACCUUACAAAGAAGUUGGGAACAAUAUACCUUAGAUGUAAGUGAAGGUGAUGUUGCUAGAAGUGGUAUAAAAGAGGCUUGUGUUUGGCAUGAUGUAAAACAUUUUAGAGUAUUAGAUCAAGUUGGUGUAGACAUAAUGCAUGAUCUAUUAGAAGGGGUUUGUAAAUAUGAUAUGGCCUUUUUAGUGUUCUAUUAUGUUAAUGAUUUAAAACUGUUCUCCUUGGAAGUACUCAAUGACCGAAUGGUUAAUUUUGAUUAUGGGCCAGAUAAUGGCAACAAGCCUUCAGUAUUAAAUAUAGAAAAUAUUCGUAAGCACAUUAUUCGCCAAUCUGCAUCUGAAAUGAUGACAUUAGUCCGCUACUUUGGUUUACUCAUUGGAGAUUUUAUUCCAAGAAAUGAUCCAGUUUGGUACCUUUAUAUCCUUUUGAGACAAAUUCUUGACUUAAUAACUUCCUCGUCACUUCAAAAAGGGAGUUGUGAACUUUUACAAACUCUUAUUGCUGAACACCAUGAUUUAUAUCUAAAAUAUAGUAAUCUGUAUCUUAAACCAAAAUACCAUUUUAUGUUACAUUAUCAUACAUUAUUGAACAAGUUUGGACCUCUUGUAUCUUUAUGGUCAAUGCGAUUCGAAGCAAAGCACCGAAUAUCAAAAAUAUCUGCUAACACUUCAAGUAACAGGCGUAAUAUAUGUAAAACACUAGCAAUCAAGCAUCAGUUGCAAUUAAAUGAUAUGUUCCUUAAAGGGACUUUAAGUAAUGAAAUUGAAAUUGGACCAUCUAAAUUAAUAAAUGAUGCAGAGCUAGAAGAAAUAAAGACAAAUAUGCAAAUUGACUCAAUAGACUUGUUAAUUAAUUCUCCGUGGAUUUCUAUAAAAGGUACUAAAUACAAACCUAAAAUGUGUUUAGAACUUGAUACAAUUGUGUUUGAUGAACAUAUAUUCUCUUAUGAG